AUGAUUGCUUCACAGUUUGUCUCUGCUCUCACUUUCGUGCUCCUCCUGCUUAAAGAAAGUGGAGCCUGGUCUUACAACGCCUCCACGGAAACCAUGACUUUUGAUGAGGCCAGUGCUUAUUGCCAGCAAAGGUACACACAUCUGGUUGCAAUUCAAAACCAGGAAGAGAUUAAACACCUGAACUCCACAUUCAGCUAUUCACCAAGUUAUUACUGGAUCGGAAUCAGAAAGGUCAACAAUACAUGGACCUGGAUAGGGACCCAGAAGCCUUUGACCGAAGAGGCCACAAACUGGGCUCCAGGUGAACCAAACAAUAAGCAAAGCAAGGAGGAUUGUGUAGAGAUCUACAUCAAGAGAGAAAAGGACUCGGGCAAGUGGAACGAUGAGAGAUGCAGCAAAAAGAAGCUAGCCUUGUGCUACACAGCUGCCUGUACCCCGACAUCCUGCAGCGGCCACGGUGACUGUAGAGAGACCAUCAACAGCUACACUUGUCAGUGCCACCCCGGCUUCAAGGGACUCAAGUGUGAGCAAGUUGUGACCUGUCAGGCACAGGAAGCCCCUGAGCAUGGAAGCCUGGUUUGCAACGACCCUUUGGGGAAAUUCAGCUACAAUUCUUCCUGCUCUGUCAGCUGUGGGGAGGGCUAUCUCCCAAGCAGCCCGGAGGCCACACAGUGCACUUCCUCCGGAGAAUGGAGUGUUCCUCUUCCAGCCUGCAGUGUGGCUAAGUGUGAUGUUUUGACAAAUCCUGUCAAUGGAGUUGUGAAAUGUUUCCAAAGCCACGGAAGCUUCCUGUGGAACACCACCUGUGAAUUUGAGUGUAAUGAAGGAUAUAAACUCACUGGACCCCAGCACCUGCAGUGUAUCUCCUCUGGGAUUUGGGACAACAAGAAACCAACAUGUAAAGCUGUGACAUGUGAUGCCAUCAGCCAUCCUCAGAAUGGUGCUGUGAGCUUUAGCCACUCCCCUGCUGGAGAGUUCACCUAUAAGUCAUCCUGCCACUUCACCUGUGCGGAAGGCUUCGUGUUGCAGGGGCCAGCCCAGGUUGAGUGCACUACCCAGGGGCAAUGGACACAGCAGGUCCCAGUUUGUGAAGCUGUGAAAUGUGAUGCUAUCCCUCAGCCCAGAAGUGGUUCAGUGAACUGUACCCAUUCCCCCACUGGAGAGUUUACCUACAAGUCCUCCUGUGCCAUCAGCUGUGAGGAAGGCUUUGAAUUACAUGGAUCGGCUCAACUUGAGUGCACAUCUCAGGGACAGUGGACACAGGAGGUCCCCUCCUGCCAAGUGGUACAAUGUUCAAGUUUGGAGGUUCCCGGAAAGAUCGACAUAAACUGCAGUGGGGAGCCUGUGUUUGGCACCAAGUGUACACUUGCAUGUCCUGAAGGAUGGACGCUCAAUGGCUCUGCGGCUCUGACAUGUGGUGCCACAGGACACUGGUCUGGGAUGCUGCCUACCUGUGAAGCUCCUUCUAAGUCCCAAACUCCCUUGGCAGUUGGACUUUCUGCUGCUGGGGUCUCCCUCAUGACAUUAGCAUCAUUUCUCCUCUGGCUUCUGAAACGCCUUCAGAAGAAAGGUAAGGGCAUUUAUGAAUGUACUGCAAAAAGGUUUUUGAAAAAAAUUAUUUUCUCAUUGAUGAGUCAUGUUAUCUCUCACAGAUUUAAAAAGUAA